AUGAAGAGUAAUAUUGUAACACUAUCGGCGAAAUCAAAAGAAGCUUUGUUUGAACUUAUUGCCACUUACAGGACGCAUUUGUCUGAAAACGCGAAAGUGAAGUUGGAUGACAUCGCCUACACGGCCAAUGUUGGGCGAGCAAAAUUUACAAAUAGAGUUGCAAUCACGGCUAGAAGCAAUGCAGAAUUGAUACAAAAACUGGACACGAAAAACUGGUCCUACGGAGUUGUAGAGAAGGAACCAAAGAUUUGCUUCCUUUUUCCAGGCCAGGGAACCCAAUAUAAGGGAAUGGGUAGUCAACUUUAUGACACCUUCCCAGUUUUUAGAUUAUAUGCGUCAUUAGGAGUGCAUCCCACAAUUGUGGUUGGCCAUAGCUUAGGAGAAAUAGCUGCAGUCACUGCCGCCUCACUAUUAACACUUGAGGAUGCACUUACGAUGGUUGGCACACGAUGCAAGCUAAUCGCCAAACUCCCUGGAGGAAAAAUGUUAGCUGUCAGGGCGGACAAUUACACCUGUACGGGACUUCUUGAUACAUUUUUGUCACGAAAGUCACGAACUGCUACAAACGCAGACUGGCUGGAUAUUGCCGCAAUCAACUCCGAACAACAAACUACAGUGUCCGGCUUACCUCUUGUAAUUGAUGAGUUUGCAGAAUUUUGUCAACAGAAUGGAGUGCGAGCGAAAAUCUUAGAUGCCUCACACCCAUUUCACUCAAGAGGUUUAGACCCAAUAUUAAAUGAAUACAAGGAUAUUUUAAACACCCUACGACAAGAAUUCGUACAGCCAACUUGUAAAUACAUUUCAAGCGUUGAUGGUACCCUAAAAUUCAGUUUAUCUACUGAAUAUUGGAUAUCUAACAUGAGAGACCAUGUUCAAUUUAUUGAAGCCACCAAAACUAUCGAAAACCACAUCCGACAAGAUAAUUCUGGUCGACAAUACAUCUUUCUUGAAGUCGGGGCACAUCCCGUUCUUUCAGCUUUAGUUCACUCAAACAUAUCAUUGAUGCCUCAAUGUAUCAAAUCUAUGCGGAGGUGUUGCAACGAACUGGAAGUAUUUCAAGAAGCUCUUGGUUCCUUGUUUGUGCAAGGUGUUCCAAUAAAAUUUGAAAAUUUUCAUGAAGUCCAUUACAAGAAGAAGGUUUCCCUCCCGUUUUACCCGUUCCAAAGAAAGCCGUAUUGGUUCCCUUUUCAACCCGCGGACUAUUCCCCUUCUUUAACGAAGGAUACAGUGCAUCCACUUCUAGGGAAACAGGUAGAACAACCAGGAUCUGGGGAUGUGAAGGCCCAUAGAUUUGAAAAUAUAAUAACAUUGAAGUCCAACCCUUGGAUCGGAGAUCAUCGUAUCGGGCAGUGGCCCUUGAUGCCAGCCGCAGGGUUCAUUGAGAUGAGUUUGGCGUCAGGUUGCCUGACGCAAAGUCGAAUUCUGAAUCAGUUGAUAAUUGACAAUUUUAGUAUUCAAACCCCUGCCUACCUUACGCAAAAACGAUCAACGUACCAUGCUAAGGACACAUGGAUUCUUCAUUCACAAGGAACAUUUCUAGAAACCUUGUCGAAGGAUCUAGACAGCUCUGACGAUAUAUUUUCACACAAUCACGCCACGGGAAAAGUCUCUGCCGGAACCAUAUAUGAACGAUUAGCAACCAAAGGGUAUAAUUUUGGACAGUCAUUUCGAUGCAUUAAGUCCAUAUGGGAGGAUCAGAUGCUCAAUAAGUAUGCCGAAGUGAAACUUGACCUCAAGGACGUUGAUGAGAAGUUCAUAUUGCAUCCUUUGGUGUUAGACAGCAUGCUACAGUUUGCUAUAAUGUGCAUGGAAAACCCAACACCGUCCGAAGACCCUGCAGGCACUAUCAUGCUUCCUGUCGCAAUUCGCCGUCUAAAAGUUCACAACAUGAACCAAGAACAACAACAAUCCGAUUCAACUUUACAAUUCUAUCUAAAGCAAUGUCAUAACAAAAGGACAAUAUACUUAUACAAUUACUUAGGAAAAAUUCUAGCAUCCAUGGAUGGAAUUGAUUUUCUUGGAACCGUCUUCACCAGUUUGGACGAUAAUAUGUAUUCAAUCCUUAAUCAGGGUAUUCAGUGUCCAAUAUUUGAGUUGGAGUGGACAAAAGGUUCAAUGUCAGCCCCAAUCUCAAGUCCAAGCCAAAUAUCUUCGGUCUGUGGGAAAAACAAAAAGUGGUUGAUUUUCGGAUUACACGACACCUUUACAAAGGACUUAAUGCGACAACUCAGCGUAUCGGGAGACAAUGUUACCCUAAUAUCAAUUGGCCUGCAGAAAAGAAUGUCCAUCGAAUAUUUUGAAACGAUGGGUGACAGCCAAGAGGAAUUCAUGAAGGUUUUAUCUCAGUUUUCUGAAAUCGAGGGAAUCAUCUUUGGAUGGGGAUUAAAGUCGGCGUUGGAUGACGCGAUAAUUUAUAAUUGGCUUUUCCUACUUCAGGCAAUAACCAUUUAUUCAGGGAGGUUAUCAAAAUUGUUUCUUCUAACCAAAGGGGUACAUGCCAUAUCUCCUAAUGCAGCAACUUUUGAACAAAAACCAGUCGGUUCUUUACUUAUAGGAAUGCUUCGUUCAUUUAAAUCCGAGAAUCCUAUGCUCACUUGCAAACUAAUUGAUCUGGAUUCCCUGAAUCACACGAACAUUGAAAAUAUUAUUCAAGAAAUUUAUGAAGAUCCGACCGUUGAAACUGGGGGUAACAGUAUUUGCUACAGAGAAGGAGUUCGACUGACUCAAAAACUGGUGAAGCUGAAACGUCCCACCCUUCUUCAAAUGCCAAAAGCAUCCAGAUUUAGUCUACGGCUUCCCGCUUCGAAUAUCAUUUCAGAUCUCACGUUCAUGGAAUUGUCUCCGGUUGCUGAGUUGGAGGAGCACGAACUAGAAAUCAAAGUCAAUGCUUAUUCGUUAAACUUUCAUGACAUCUUCGCCGUACUUAAACCCAUUGAUGCUUUUGCUAAAAUCAAUAUUAUUGGAAGUGAUUUUUCAGGAGUUAUAAGCCGAAUUGGAAGCUCCGUAUAUAAGUAUCAAGUUGGAGACAUGGUCUUUGGAUGUCAUCACCAAAAUGUGGCACUAUCUUCACAUAUUAUCACUUCUGAAAAUAUGGUUUGCAAGCUUCCCAAUUUUCUCACACAUGAAGAAGCGUCGACACUGCCAACUGUUUCAUUGACCGCUUAUCAAUGCCUAUGUACUGUGGCUAAGAUUAAAAAGAGCGACACUGUACUAAUUCAUGCCGCCUCCGGUGGUAUAGGGUUAGCCGCCGUGCAAUUGGCAAAUACAGUUGGGGCAAAUGUCAUAGCCACGGCGGGAACUUCAAAGAAAAGAGCGUACCUAAGGAAUAUAGUUGGAAUAAAGCAUGUCUUCAACUCGAGGAACUUGUCAUUCGAGUCUGACGUAAGUGCUGCCACUGAUGGAGCUGGAGUCGACAUUGUUCUUAACUCCUUAACUGGUCGUGGAUUCAAGGAAGCCUCCCUCAAUUGUCUAAGGAAGGGGGGCAGAUUCAUCGAAAUGAGUAAAAUCAACGUUUGGACAGCGGAGGACUGCAUGUCGCUUCGGCCCGAUGUCAAAUAUUCCGUCUAA